AUGAGCAAGCGGCAGCAGCAGGGAUCGCCAGCAGGAGCAGGCCAGGAGGGCGAGGAGGAGGAUGAGCUGGAUGCGCUGCUGCAGCACUAUGAGCAGCAGGCAGCGGCAGAUGCGGCGGCCGUGCAGCAGCGUGCCGGUGCCGGCAGCGGCGGCCAGAAGCGGCCCAAGCUGACCGCUGCCGACAAGCGCGAGGAGGCGCUCAGCCAGCCCAUUGGGGCAGACAACAAGGGCUUCAAGCUGCUGGCAGCUAUGGGGUAUCAGUUGGGGCAGCGCAUCGGCAAGAGGGGCACGGGGCUGGCGGAGCCGCUGCCGCUGCAGCUGAAGGAGGCAUGUUGCUGCUGGGACAAGCUCGGCCUGGGCGCCGUGAGCAAGAAGGCGGCGGCCCGCGAGCAGCAGCGGCAGCGGCAGCGCGAGGCGGAGCAGCGGGUGGCGGCGGGCGCGGUGGCUGCGGAGGCCGAGCGCCACGGCCAGAGGCUGGAGUACCAGCAGCGAGCGGCCGCCGCGGCGGCUGCGAGGCGGCUGGAGGGGCAGCUGAGGAAGGCGCAGCAGGUGUGCGAGACGCUGGAUACCGCCGCGGGCGUCGCGCGGUGCGUCAUGUGGCAGGCGCCGCCCGCAGAGGCGGCGGCGGCGGCCUCGGCAGCAGGCAUGACCGCGGCUGUGGCGGCAGAUGAUCUGCUGGAGGCGCUGGAGCCGUGCCACUCGGCGGAGGCGGGUGCCGCCGUGAGGGCGGGGCGGGAGGAGGCGGCAGACUUUGCGCUGCUGUAUGAGCGGCAGGCGGCAGCAGCGGCGGCAGCAGGGCGCCCUCCAGCAGACGCUGCGGCGGAUGGGCAGCAGGCGGAUGCCCAGCAGCAGCAGCAGCAGCAGCAGCAGGAGGAGCGGCGGGAGUGGGAGGCGUGGCAGGCGCUCCCGCCGGCAGACCAGCUGGCGGCGAUCUUGGCGCGGCUGCGCGGGCGCUACCUGUACUGUUUGUACUGCGGCUGUCGCUACGACAGUGCCUCAGACAUGCAGCGCAACUGCCCGGGGCCGCUGGAGGCAGACCACGAGUGA